AUAAUCGAUACCUUGGUGUCGGAGCCCAGUUUAGUUGUCAUCCACGUCCCGUCGUGUUGUUUUUCUUGCGUCGAAUGCGUCAUGAGAGUGCGUACGCGUGUAUCGUCGUGAACGUUGGAGAGUGAAUCAGUUGCUGCGACGCGAUCCACAGUGCUGUCGUUGAAUAAGAUGCGCCUCGAAAAUGUUGCAAGAGGAAGAUAAAGCUCCGUACGAGAGCGUGCCGGACCCGAAAGGCGAUGAUUUUCAAAAACUCAGCGUCAUACAAAACUUACCAAGUCUCUUACAAACAGACACGCAAUCAUGCAUGUCCCGUGUGGUACCAAAAAUGCAGCAGUCAUUGGCUACUGCAUCCACGGAGUUCCACAUCGCGGCCUCAUCCACGUUCAAAACGAUAUUAGAGCAGAAACUUGUCAGCCAUAAUGUCUUCAGUCAAACAUUCCUCCCAAGUAUAUUAAAUUCGCUCGAAAGUCGUGAUCCAGUUGUUUGUGAUGCAUGGCUGGAGACCUUACUGGAUGUGAUAGAGUUACUGCCGGUAGAAGUCAUAAGAACGCAGAUUGUUCCAUUGGCUAUAAGCAAAGGACAAUUGUCUCAGUCUAUCUACUCCAGGGUAACAUGCAGCAGGUUACUAGGAAAAAUUUGUACAAGAUUUGAUUCUGCUAUGAUACAAAAGGAAAUUCUACCAUCGGUACACUCCCUCUGUCAGGAUGUAAAUAGUGAAGUACGAGCUAGUAUCUGCUUACAGCUACGUUUUGUUGCCGAAGGCCUUGGUGCUGAGUCUGUAAAACCUGCUUUGCUACCAUCUCUCGUAGAAUUAGCAAGCGACGAAGAAAGCAAUGUAAGAUGCACCUCUGUACAGACAAUAGUGUACUUGCUACCUCAUCUUCAGGAAGAUACAAUAAAAACUAUCAUAGUACCACUUGUUAAAAAGUUAUGCGAAAACGCGUUGAAAUCAGAAGACAAUGUGAUAUGCGUAAUUGCUCAGGAGUUUGGAAAACUCGUGCUCGGCUUAGAAAAAUGCCUCGUACCCGCGGAAAAAACGUGGUUCUUGAAAUAUUUUCAACAACUUGCACAAAUGGGUAUCGUCUCGAUAAAAAAAGAAUCGAAACCGCAUCUUCCUUUUAUGAACACCAAUCCUGCUGAAGAUGAGAAACACAUGGAAUGCAGAAGAUGCUGUGCUUUUAAUCUGCCUGCAAUGUUUCUCUUUGUAUCAAAUUCCUCGGACGAUACAGACGCAUUGCUUGUUACCUUUAAUGCAUUAGCGAGCGAUCACUAUUACAUGGUUAGGAAAACUGUAGCAAGUGGAAUUCAUGAAGUGGCGAAAGUGUUGGGCCCAAAGAGUGGACGCAUAAAGACAGAUCUGAUUAAACUGUUGAAAGAUGAUUCCGAAGAAGUGUUACAAGGUUUAGUUCCUCACAUUGGAUUAACGCUCGACUGCUUAGCGGAAAGUCAAACCAUUGGGGUGGAUAGGGUGGAUUCCACUCUUAUGGAAAUUGGCAGAGCGUUAUUAAAAUGCGAAUCAGAAAUAUCAGCCACUCAUAAUUGGAGACUAGCAUCGAUGAUGCAUGCACAGCUCGAGAUAAUACCCAAAUACUUUCCAAGUGAUUUUAUAUAUUCUUACUUUGUGCCAAUGGCGUUCUUCAGGAUAUUGCAUGCUAGGCCAAUACCCGUGCGUCUUGCCGCAGGAACGUUGUAUCUGUUUCUUUUACGUUAUAACAUGAAACCGAUGCAAAGGAUCGAACUACGAAGCAGACUGUACACAGAAUUGGCGAAUAGUCCCGACUGUUAUGUUAGAAUGAUGUUCGUUCGUAUGAUGAUAGAGGCCUUGGAAAUUUUCUCGUCGGUGUACUUCAAGGAGCAUUUUUUCACUGUUUUGCUGAACUUGGCAGAGGAUCCCGUCGCCAAUAUAAGAAUUAAAGUAGUUUCCCUCUUGCCCCAACUGAAGAGUCAGCUAUGGAUACCAACGGAUAAGAAGCUAUUGUCAGCAAUGGAAACGACUGUGGGGCAUUUAAUGAACAGCGAGAAGGACAGAGACGUGAUUGCAAUACUGACAACUGUUGUGCGGAAAUUGAACGACAUAGAAUUGAAAUACGAAAGCCAAACUACAACGGCGAAACACUCGAAGCAGGAUAUAGAAGACGCGAAAAAAUUGGAAGAAGAAAAAAGAUUAUCGGAAAUGGUACCUGGAAAAUCUCCCGCUGGCGGUGCCACUAUGAAGAAAGGUGCAUGGCGACGGCCAGGCGACAACGCAAAGCCAACGUCUCAAACGCCACAGAAAGGUCCAGGAUCUCCUCGUCAUACCAGUGAAUCUUCAAGAAUGAGCUCGAUGCCGGAGAUACCGGUGAUGCUGUCCGACGACGAGUUCCUGGUGGACGCCGGCAUCAGGAUACCUGCACAAUUCUCUGCCAGCCAGGGUGCCUCGAAAAUACCGCAUCUUCAAGACUUCUUCGCGAAGAGAAGACGCUCCUUCAAUUUCGAACGUUCGCGAAGCAUGACCAUGACUAUGAGUUUCGACAAGGGCAGGCCUAAACGGAAUUCCUCCGUGGAAUAUGAGGAUUGCAUGAAAAGAAGAACCAACGGGGAUCAGUCGAGCAAUUCCAGGACGUCUAUAGACUGCGAGGAAGGUUUGAGACUGGUGAAAGAGAGCCAACAGAUCACCAAAAAGGAUACGGUCUACGUUGGUUCUUUGAUGAGGUCCAGGUUUGGGUUCGGUGUCAAUCAAGAGAGGUCUGGGUCUCUGGAUGAGAAAAUGAAGCGGAACUCUUUGAUAUUAGACAAGGAUAAGCCUAAAGUUCUACAGUCUAAGUGUAGUUUGGAUCGGAUUAAACGACACUCGGCAAGCUUCGAGAAGGGGAAACCUAAGAGGAAUUCUUCCGUGGAUUUCGAGGACAGUAUGAAGCGCAGCACGAACGGAGCCAAUCAGUCUAAAGAUCUGAGGACGAGCUCCAUCGAUUACGAAGAUGGCUUGAGGUUGGUAAAGACCGAUGAACAAUUGGACAAGAAGGACUCGGUGUACCUUGGAUCCUCCAUUAGGGCUACAUUCGGUUUUGUAAAUCGUGAGAGGCCUAUAGACGACAAGAUGAAACGGAACUCUUUGAUAUUGGAUAAGGAGAAACCAAAGCUCGUGCACGCUAAAUGCACGCUAGACAGGACUAAGAGACACUCGGCGAGCUUCGAGAAAGGGAAACCUAAGAGAAAUUUGUCUGCGGACUACGAAGACAGUAUGAAGCGGAGAACCAAUGGGGCCAGUCCGUCCAAGGACCUGAGAACAACCUCCAUUGAUUACGAAGAUGGUUUAAGAUUGGUAAAGGACGAUCAGCAAUUGGACCAGGAUGAAUUGGUGUACCUUGGGCCUUUAAUUAGGUCUAGAUUCGGUUUUGUCAAUCAAGAAAGGCCUAUGGACGACGAGAUGAAACGGAACUCAUCGAUAUUGGAUAAGGAGAAACCAAAGCUCGUACACACCAAGUGCACGCUGGAUAGGACUAAAAGGCACUCGGCAAAUUUCAGCUUAAAGCCGACAGACUCUAAAGAGCCCAAGCCGAACUUGAAAUGCCACAGCUUGGAGAUGUCCGAUUAUGCGCCGAGCGAACGUCUAGGUAGGGCUCUAAGACGGUAUUCAACUUUGGACGUGAACCAUAAUCAGGGACUCAGCAAAAUACCGUUGAGAAGUUUUGUACCUCGUAGUAGAACCGCACCAGCCACCAGGGCGUCCAGCCCUGUGCACAUAGAGAAAUUGUGUCGAAUGCCGUUCUGGGAAUCUUAAUAGCCAAUUCUAGGUCUAGUCUCGAAUAGCUGUAAAACAGAGCUAGUUUUUAGCCUUCGAGUUAUAAAGGCAUUUCUUUUUCUUUUUUCCCUUCAAUCCUCUCGAUGCAUUUUGUACUUUGCUUUUCGUACGAUCGUUGUACCUAUUUUUUUUUCUUCUUCUUUAAGUUAAUCCAUUGAACAAGAGACAGUGGGAGACUCUCGUUUGUUAGAAUCUCUCGUCGAAGAUUUUAUCGUUUUUAAUUAUAGAUGAUUAACGAAACUCGAAACUUUAAAAAAAAAGAGAGAGAGAGGGGGAGAGAGAUCAGCCUAGCAACGCUUCUCGUUAGGACGCGUGCAAUAUUUAAGCGUUUUUAAUUUAAUCCGGAAGCGUGUAGGAGUUUCACCUUUACACGGUUCGAAGGGAUCCGAUGUAGCUGUUACGCGCUAGCUGUACUCGUAAGUUUUAAUCGGUAUCGAUCGCACGACCAUCGACGCGUCGGUGGUAUUCCGUUUUCACUCGACGAACCAGCGAACUCCGCCGGAAACGAAGAACAUGUUUUUGGAGCAUAACUUUUAGGGAUUCUCGAAUUCCCGAAUUCCCUCGUGAAAAGAAAAUUUAAAAAAAACAUAUAUAUAUAAGUAUAUAUAUACAUAGAAACCAUAGAACGAUUCACGCUCUUCCUUGCUGCCGCGGAUCGGAGUAUUGUUGUGUCUUAAAUAAGAGAUAUCCAUGGAAUAUCAUACGAUCUUAAAGAUAAUAUAUGUAUAUGUAUAGAAAGAGACUGACCAAGACGAUUCAAAAGUGUCUAUGCAGGUCGUAUCGUGAACAGGGAGAAAAGAUCUUUAGGUAACGAGAUAUCAAUGCAACGGAUGGAGCAAACACAAUUAUCUCCGCGCGAAUAUUUUCAUUGAGCUUCUAGAGAUAUAUUUUCGAGCGAAGGAACGGAGAAAAUACAACAAAAAAAAAGAAAGAGAGAGAAAGAGAAGGAGAACUAUGGCGAAAGGAAGAAAGAGGACAGAUGUAAGACGCUUCGAAGCCAAAGAUAAUUUGAUUUCUAACUGUAACGAGGUUCAGGUGAACGUACAAAGUCCUAAAGGCAUUAUGUACUUGCGUGUACCAUGUACAUUAAUACCGUGUAAGCUUUACAGUGCAAGUGCCAUUGAAACAGAACACACAUACAACACACACAAGGAGGAUUUCCAACGAAGCCACGGAGAACGGAGAACGGUCCAGAAUAUCGCGAAUAUUUUUACGGUAUUUAAUAUCGUAGGCCUCGGCUGUCCGGGCAAAAGAAACUUAGAGUAGUCCGUAGAUCUUCGAUAUCGUUCAGGAAAACGAACACGUCGAGCGAUCGAGCGGUUCGCUGGACGCGCUCGAUGACGUCUCGCGCGUUCACUCACUUCCGUUCGUUCUUUCGUAAGCGGAUUAGGUCGUGCCACGAACAAUGUCGUUUCUAUUCCGCUCGUGGUACACGGGACAAUUCAGCAAAGAUUCUUCGAGGAAAGCGGCCGAAAACGAUUGGGAAGAGAGAUUGUCGAGCCGAUCACGAUUCACGUUAUACUUUAUGCUCGAAACUCGUCUCGCAAAGCGACAUUAUUCACGAAGCAACCUGAUGAUCAUUCUUGAACCUUUUUAACGAUCGUCGAUCGAUUAGACUUCGGAAAGCUAUAGAUGCAAUAGACUCUUUUAUCAGUUGAAUCUUAUCGAACAAGAGAGAUCCCUUUCUUGCACAAGCUGCUGAGCAUCGGGUCGCUCCCAUUUGUAUUUGAAUGUCAUGGCGCCGUUGCGUUCGCUAGUUCGCCUAAUUAACCAAUGAUUUUCCACAUAAUUCGAGUCGGGAAAAGCGUCGUUGAACGUCGGCCUAAAAGGUACACCACGAUAAGCACAGUGAUAUUUCGAAUAAUAAUACUAUGGUGUCUGAACGCAAGUGGGAGCAACGAUAGAUGAUACAUUACGCUUAGAUAGUAGAGGAGAGCGAGCUCCGAUUCAACGAUCAAUCGUUGCCACGUAACGACGUUAAUUAUUCCGUUGUAACGCGGGCUCGCGCGGCUACCGAUUUACGUAACAUAGGCGGAAAGCUUCUUCUGUUAUUUUUAUAGGAGAUUUUAGGGCGGCGUCGGCCGUACGAUUCCGCGGGCAACGAGGAGACUUCGGUCGCCUAAAAAGAAAAUCGGAACGACGAAUUCGUUUCCGCGCGAUCGUACGAUCGUCGUUACCGUCGCGCGAAGAAACUUAAUUUUUUAUAGAGAAUCUUAGAGUAUAUUAUACAUAUAUAUUAAAAAAAAA